UCCCCCAACGAGCGGCGGGACUCACGGAGCGGGCGCGGCUCCCCUGCCCACGGCAGCGGUCAGUACGCCGCGGCAGUGUCCCCAGCUGCGAGCUGCCGAUGCGCGUCCAGUGACUGAACAGCGGGGCCUGCGCGCGACGGGGACGGCGGCGGUGGCGGCGGCGGCAGACACCCGGCCACCGUGACCCCAAUUUUGGAUUUACCACUCGGGGGGUGGGGGGAACCUGGAUUUAACUGGCGACUGUUUUGGGGGACGCCGGACGCCAUGUUGUGGAAAUUAACCGAUAAUGUCAAGUACGAAGAGGACUGCGAGGAUCGCCACGACGGGAGCAGCAAUGGGACCCCGCGCAUCCCCCACCUCUCCUCGGCCGGGCAGCACCUCUACAGCCCGGCGCCGCCGCUCUCCCACGCCGGGGUCGGGGAGUACCAGCCGCCCUACUUCCCGCCGCCCUACCAGCAGCUGGCGUACUCGCAGUCGGCCGACCCCUACUCGCACCUGGGCGAGGCCUACGCCGCCGCCAUCAACCCGCUGCACCAGCCUGCGCCCGCCGGCAGCCAGCAGCAGAGCUGGCCCGGCCGCCAGGCCCAGGACGGGGCCGGCCUGCCCGCGCACCAUGGCCGCCCCGCCGGCCUGCUCCCGCACCUCUCGGGGCUGGACGCCGGCUCGGUGAGCUCCCGCAGGGACGCCUACCGCCGCUCUGACCUGCUGCUGCCCCACGCGCACUCCCUGGACGCCGCGGGCCUGGCGGACAAUCUGGGUCUCCACGACAUGGCUCACCAGAUGGACGAGGUGCAGAAUGUUGAUGAUCAGCACCUGCUCCUGCACGACCAGACUGUCAUUCGCAAAGGUCCCAUCUCGAUGACCAAGAACCCCCUGAGUCUCCCCUGUCAGAAGGACCUGGUGGGAGCCGUGAUGAAUCCGAGCGAGGUCUUCUGCUCUGUGCCUGGGAGACUCUCUCUCCUGAGCUCCACGUCCAAAUACAAAGUGACGGUGGCUGAGGUCCAGAGGCGACUGUCCCCGCCGGAAUGCUUGAACGCCUCCCUCCUAGGCGGUGUUCUCAGAAGAGCUAAAUCCAAAAAUGGAGGCCGGUCUCUGCGGGAGAAACUGGACAAGAUAGGAUUGAACCUUCCGGCCGGCAGGCGCAAGGCUGCUCACGUCACCCUCCUGACGUCCCUGGUAGAAGGUGAAGCAGUUCACCUGGCCCGGGACUUUGCAUAUGUCUGUGAAGCCGAGUUUCCUAGUAAACCGGUGGCCGAGUAUUUAACCAGACUUCACCUUGGAGGACGCAAUGAGAUGGCAAAUCGAAAGAACAUGCUUCUGGCUGCACAGCAGGUGUGCAAGGAGUUCACGGACCUCCUCAAUCAAGACCGGACCCCCAACGGCAACAACAGGCCCACCCCGGUGCUGGAGGCGGGCAUCCAGAACUGCUUGUCCCAUUUCAGCCUGAUUACCCACGGCUUCGGCAGCCAGGCCAUCUGCGCCGCCGUGUCGGCCGUGCAGAACUACAUCAAAGAGGCGCUGAUCAUGAUAGACAAGUCCUACAUGAACCCCGGGGAGCAGAGCCCCGCGGACUCGAACAAGACUCUGGAGAAGAUGGAGAAGCACCGCAAGUGACGGUGGGCGCCCACAGGAAGGAAAGGACCUGGAGAAGGAGCCCGAGUCCCGCCCGCUCCCAGCCUCCUACAAAGCCCAGGAGCCCCGGGUGGAGGGGCCCCCUGCUGCCCUGCUGGGCUCCUCGGCGAUGCUGAUGUCCCCUCUCCGAAGUGGUGAUUUCUCAAGCCUUGAAGUCUCUGACUCUGACAUUGGAUCCCAAGAUGACAAGCGCUGGGUUUUGCCUUUGUUACGUAUUAAACAUUUACACUUUGGAACCCUGAUCACCCUGUCCCUCAAAAGUGGUGCUACAAGUUUUAAAAUCAGUAAACUGCCUGGGCCUCAGGAGAAACCUCACACUUGGCUGUUGGGAUGUCAAGUUGACGUGACCUUCACGGAUCGACAGCUUGGUGGUUUUUUUCAGUGUUAAGAUAGAAUGGCUGGUUUUCGCAUCCACAGAAUAUUUAUCAUUAAAAAGAAAAAUGAGUAUUUAUCUAGGUUCUUCAGUGGUCCCAUCCUGCAGCUGAGGCAGAGGUUCCAUGUGCUUAGCAACUGGUUAUUAACGGGUGGUAUUUGACACACUUUGAACCCCAAGUUCAACAGGGGCCUUCUGAUUUUAGAAAACUUGUAGAAACAAAGCCUGCUGAUUUUGUUUUUGUGUGUCUUUUUUUUUUUUUUUUUACUUUGAAAGUUAACUCUUUAAGUGGGAAACCCUUGGAAAUGGACCUGUUCAUAUCAGGUACUAAAGCUUUAUUUGCAUAUUUAUUUCAGACCUUUGAUUUUUUUUUUUUUUUUGAGUAAACUUGAAAAGGGUAGGCAUGGAGCCUGGCAGCUGCCUGUCGCCCCAAGCCCCUGCGGAGCUCUGUAUUUUGAAAAACAGUGUGUUGUGUGUACAGAUUUUAUUUAUGCAUAAUUUAAUGGGGUCUGUAAAUAUUGGUGCACUUCCUGUGACGUUUCGAGAAAUGGGAUGCGAUUUUAAUGUUAACUUUUAAUGGUGAGGGUAAUCUAUAAUACAUCUGUAGACUUUAUCUUGUGUAUACAGGGUAUUUUGACUUGAGGAGAUCCCGGGCUUUGUUCUUGGGUUGGAAAAUUCUGUUUAAUUGGAGCUCUCAGAAAGCAAUAACUGCAUCUUGUUCCUGUGGCCUGAACCUUGAGCUGCUCGUGUGGGUAGAGUUUGUGGCUGAGACAGAGAUGUGGAGCUGAACUCUUUGCUGUAAAUGUCCCUGAGAUAACUGCGGUGUAUGGUACUUGUAUAAUAAAAGUAUUCUGGGUAGAA